AAGGAAAAAAACUUAAAAAAAAUAUCAUUGUAACCAUAAUUAACAAACCAAGUAUUGAAUAUUCAUCAUCAACUUAAGAUUGAUUAAAUUAACCCAUAGUUUAUAAUGCACUAUUUCGUCCCGCGGAUGAGGGGAACCUGUUAAACCUGGUUGUGACCAGUCAUAGGGUUAAUUUUCGUAAAACUUCAAUGGUGUCCGACAAGAAGAAAAGUUCUCAGGAAAUCUUCAAGGAUAUGUAACUAGUUUCGCUUACUCUAGAAAUGUUUUUGUCUUAGCUGAGUAGGAUAAUUUUCGGUUUUUAGUGUUGUGAUUUUCAUAAAUUUCGUCAAAAUGUCCCAACAGUCGGAUUUAUCGCAGCGUAAAGGUAAUCAGGUGAUACACGUCCGGGACAACAGUGGGAACGAACUCGAAGAAUUAUUUAAUGUUGCUAUGAAUCCGGCCCGCUCGGGCCAAACUGGACAAGUGCCUAUGAAAAUGCGUAAUUUCCCAGCUUCUUUUUUUACACCACCAAACUCUCAACAAUCGGGUCAUUCAAAACAAGGUAGUAACGAUUCAACAGGUUAUGGACCUAAUAUAAUUGCACCACCUCCAGUGCAUACCAGGGCGCAUUCAUCACCUGCAAGUUUGCAGCCAUUAUCCACUAUUCCACAAAAUCCUCCACAGCAUCAACAUGCAAGACAACAUUCAUGUGACUCAAUGUUAGACAACGAACCCCCUCUGCCUCAAGGUUGGGAAAAGGCAAGAACUCCAGACGGACAACUUUACUAUAUAAAUCAUAUUUUACAGACAACUACAUGGAUAGACCCUAGAAAAACAAUAAAUCAGCAGCCUAACCUGAAUGGUCUACAGAAUGCUCCCCCACCCCCACCACAACACUCCCCUAACGUCUCACUACAGAAUAUUGGGCCCCUUCCACCAGGCUGGGAACAAGCUUUCACACCUGAAGGGGAAAUGUAUUACAUCAACCAUAUGGAACGGAAUACAAGUUGGAUGGAUCCUAGAUUAAUUCUUACCACAGCUCAGAGAAUGCAAGAUGUUAGACUACAACCACCACCACAAAUAUCAGCACAACCAAAAUACAGUCCCACAAUACAAAUGACACAGUUACAAGCUGAAAAAGAAAAGCUGCGAAAGAGGCAGGAAGAAAUAGAUCGCCAGGAGAUGCUCCUUAGAGCACGUAUGCAGCAAUUACAACAAAGUGGGGACAGCAAUCUGAAGCAGGAUCCAUUACAGUCCGACCCAUUCUUAGGUCAAAACCCCUCGUCUGACCACUCAAGACAAGCUAGCACAGACAGUGGUGUUGGUGGAAUGGGCACAGGGACCAGCUAUAGUUUACCCAGAACACCUGAAGAUUUCCUGAGUAACGUUGAUGAAAUGGACUCAUCAGACUCAAGCCACAGAUUUAAUGAUUUUGGAGGAAUGGACAUUGGAAGCCUAAGUACAGAUGAUACCAGCAACAUGGAUAGUGAUAAUUUAGUGCCAAGUUUACAGGAGGACUUAUCAGGGGACUUAAAUUUAAAUGAAAUGGACGUUUUAAAUAAAGAUGACAAUGGCCUGUUAACAUGGUUAUGAGGUCGAAUGCCAAAGAUCAAAGUUCAUUGACCACAUUUCAGCCAUCAUGUGUAAAGUGUUCUUCUCAUUUUACCAAUGUAGUUUUAUUUCGAUCAUCAAAAUGUUUUCAAAAGAAGAAUCUCAGGUCGAACUGAGAAAAAAAAGGAAACAUACUGGGAAUGGACUCACAGAAAAGAUGAAUUAAAAAUGUGAUGGAUUGCCAAAGAAUAUGCAGGGAAAAUAUAAAAAGAAAAACAUAUCACUCUUUCUAUACUUCCUCAUUUCAUGGGAAUAUGGAGAACAGUUUCUUAUAGCUCUUAUUAAUUAGAAUCAAAUUUCAUUAUCAUUGUCAGAUGAGAGCUUGUAAAAUAUAUGGUAAAAGUCAUCUUUUCGAAACACUUUGAUGAUCCAGGUCAUUGUUGACAAAAUACUUGAUAUAUUCCAUGUUGCAAUGGUAAAUGUUGUUGUCAUAUUUUCCCAUGUGGGGAGAUUUUUGUUUGUUUAUAAAUAUUUAAUAAAUAAUUAUUUUUCCAGUAGGAUUUUUUUUAUAGAAUAUCAGGGAAAAAUUACAAAAAAAUUUUGUAUUGACAUAUAUCAUGAAAUAUACAUACACACCAUUAAUCAUGGAGUUAUACACAUAUACAUACACAAAAAAAAGUCAUUUACGUUGUAUCAUUAUUUCAUAGUCAAUCAAAAUUUGAGUAUUUAGUGAAAGGUAGAGUCGCUUUUGAUAUAAUAAGUUGUGCAAUGAUAUCUUCCGUCAAACAGCGGCUUUACCUCCAUUUUGUUUUCUAUCUUGUUCAUGUUUUGUUGAUAAGCAGCAGAAACAAGUUAUUUGUUGUACUACACAUUCAGUUCUAAGUAUCUUGUAGACUUUCCUAGACUAUUGUGUAUUUAUUAGUACUUUGGUAAUUGCAGUUUAUGACUUCUUUUACUUUUUGUAAAAGAUAAUGAAGUUUUUAGUUAUAUUAUUACAGUUUCCAGCUUUUAUCUAUCUUUAUUCUUUUUCUUUUAGUAAAUCUUAUUAAUUUGAGAAAUCUCUUUUUAUUUGUUGUGGAAAAAGAUUUGCUGAUAGUUGUUUUUGUCUGAUUAAAACAAGAUUUGUCUUUGUCUUAAUUUACUCAAAUGUGGCAUGAAUGUUUAAGAAAAUUCAGUCAAAGGUUAACUUGAAUGUCAAGGUGAAAUGAUACCAAUGAUCAGAUAAUAUGGAGACAACAAUAUUAUUAAUGUUGAAUAAUAUAUAUUAUAUAUACAUCAUGAGGUUUUAAAAAGUUAAAAAUGUUCAAAAUCAGGAUUUAAAGUUUAUUUUUACUUGCCUUUGAUUUUAAGAAUAAGCUAAACAAUUUCAGUUUAUGCUUGAAAUUUCCAAAUAAUUUGUCCAUGAAAUAAAAAAAAAAACAUUAACAAAAAGUUGACUGUGAUUUGCUAGUAGAAUUUAGUACACUUGUAACCAAUGAUUUGGAUACCUUUAAUGUUUAUGCUGCAGUAGAAAGACACUGAAAGUUUGUUUUAAUCAGGCUGGUUAUUUUUUAACCCCUUUGUGAAAGCUUAUCUCUUAACUAACGUCAGUAAAAUGUCAUUGUGUACAUGCAUAUUAAAUAUAAAUACAAAGUAUAUAUUAUUAUUUUUCCAAUCUAUGCAAUAUACUCCAGUUGUAUUUAUUUAUAUGUUCAAAAAGUAGAAUGGACAAAAAUUAUAUAGAAAUUGGAGGACCAAUUGAAAUUAAUUUUAAGUUGUUUUACUGAUUUAAAAAAAAAAUGUGUAGCUAAAAUGAAGUUUAUAUAGCCUUUUACAGAAACAUUCAAACAUCGAAUUAAAAAGAGAAAAAUUAAGAAAUAAAAAGGGAAGAAGUUAAGAAAUCUUUAUUUUAAUUCUUUCAGACGAAUUUGAUUGAAAUAGUCUGCAGAUAUGCAAAAUCAAGAAAUGCCUUUAAUUUUUACCAGUUAAACAUCUUAAGAUUAGAUUUUGUUGGUCCACAAAAUUGAAUAGGUAUGUUAUUAAAAGUAUGUAUUAAAGAAAACUUUAUAUUUCUAUCAUUUAUAAUCACAAGUUUUAAAUAGAUAGAAAAUUUAGAUAUUAAUAUCUAGUAUGAAAAUGUAAGAAAAAAAUAUAUUUGAAGGUUGUAAAAUAUACUAUAUUUAGAAGGUUUUAAUACUGGAUUGAAUAUAGAGUUUCAAAUGUUAUUGUAAUGUGUUAACUAACAGUUUGGGUCAUUUAAUUUUUAAAACAUUUUAAAACCUCUUGUAUGUUUUAUUUAGAUUAUUUGAAAAUGGCCCAGAAUUUUAAGCAAUUUUCAGUUACAAAACAUACUAAAAAAUUAUUUCAGAGUCUAUAUUUUUAAUUUUCAAAGUUGUUGCUUUUAAUAGUUGCCUUAGCAACUCAUGUGUGAUAUUCGUAUAUUAAACCUGUGAUUUUUGUCGGAGAUCUUUGCAAUUUUUACCUCAUGUAUUUUAAUGCUUGCUGGCAAGAGGCUGAAUACAAGAUUUUUUUACUGCAGCUUAUGUAAAAUAUUGAGUUCAACGGUCAGUUUUCAAAUAGCAGCUCACUGUUGUUCACAGGAGAACUCAUUUAAACUUUUGUUGUAUUGUGUAAUUCCAAAUUUGUUGAAUUUGUGUGACAAAAAUUUAUUUUGAUACGAUCACCAUUUUGAUAAAAAUAUUCUUAAUUUGGAAUUGAUAUUUUUUAUAUUUGAUUAAAGGCAGUUAUGAUAUGAGCAAAAUUUACAUUCCAAUGUCCAAGUUAAAAGGGUCUCUUUGGGAAGAAAAAAAAACCUUAGAAAGGUUUACUGUGGCAUUUAUAUGAUAAUUCAACAAAGUUUUGAAGAGAAUCAGGGAAAUUAAUUAUAAAUUCCCCACUGAGACCCUCGACACAAUUUUUCUCACAAGGUUGAAACAACUGUCAUACACAAACAAUUUGUUGCUGUUUGUUGACUUGUGGUUGUCAUGACUAUAUUUAAAUCUGCCAUAAGGUCAGAUAGUAAAUAACUUGCAUAUAUUAUUAUUACUUGCAUUGAGGAUGUGUUACAAUAGAUAUUUUAUUUUUUAUUAGAUAAGAUUUAUUUUCCCCCUCAACUAAUGUGCAUUUUUGUGGUGCUAAAAUUUUAUAUGUUAAUAGUAUUUUCAAACUUUUAGUUGCUCAUUUAUAGAGCUAACUAUGUAUAAUUUGGUUGGGUGUUUUCUUAAAUUUUAAUGCCACAAAAGUUGAUAAAUAUUUAAAAGAUGCACAGGUUUUAUUUUGUGUUAACUCAACCUUAGACAAGUGCUAGAUUUAUUUUAGAUUUCUAUGUGUACAGUUAGUAUUGAUUUUCAUUUGAUAUUUGUGUAGUAUAAUUUUAUAAUUUGUUUCAUUUGUAUAAGAAUCAUUUAGUUCAGUUUUAUUUCAAAUUCUAGGAUCAACUCUAAAAUAGUGAAGUCAGAUCUUAGACAUCAAAAUCAAAAAUCUAUAGAGUUUCGAAAUUUCUUUUAUGUGACCAAUAUAAGUUAGUAAAAAAAACCACCAUAAAACUAUUAAAGUAUAAAGCAAUAUUGAUAUUUACGAAGAAAUAUGAUGAAGUUUUGGUUUCCUUUUAUCAUUUCAGAAAGUCAUAUCUACACCUUCACACUAAAUGUUUGAUUUAAUGGUAUGAAAAGGGCUUUUAUCAUCUGAGAAAAAUUCUGAAAAUCAUCUUUACACCUUCACACUAAAUGUUGGACUUGGUGUAAAAUAAGGGCUUUAAUUCUCUUAUAAUUCAUAAAAUCAUAUCCACAAUUUCCUACAAAAUCUUGUAUUUAUGAGUAUAAAAAGGCUGUAAGGGGGAUAAUUUCACAGACGAAUCGAGAUAUGUGUAGAAAAAAAUAUGCAAGCAAAUUACUCACUGUUGAUUUGGACAUAGUUUAAAUAAAGUCUGUCAGACUUUACCUAUAUCAAUUAAAAUUAAAUGUGUUAUGUAUACAGUAUAAAAAAAGAAAAAUCACACAUUAAUAUUGGGAUUUAACUGAAACUGGACAUCAACAGAAACAGUAAACCAGUUCUAAGACACAACAUUCAACAUUUAUUAAUUCAUCUCAUUCUGUUUUAGAGUUGAUCAGUACAAACCGUUUUGUAAUGUUCAGUUAUUUUUGUAAGUUUAUAGACAUUUUUAUAUUUCACUUCCUCAUGCAUUGAAUACCAUGAACAUUUUUCGAUACUUCAACUUAUGCAUAGCAAGUUCAACAUUGUACAUAUGAUCUCAAUAAAAAGAAAAGGCAUGGAGAUUUUAAAUUUGUAAAAAAAAGUGAGAAAAUUGUUAUAUAUGUACCUUAAGCCUGGGUACUUAUAUUGUAAAUAAAAAAUCAAAAAAAUCAAAUAAAAAUAGUAAAUAAACUUGAA